UUUUUUAUCAACCAAUAUGGAUUUAAACGAAACUACUAUCAAAGAGGAAGUCAGUAACUUGGUGUCCAAUUUUCAGAAGCUACUACCGAAGAAGAAGAACAUAAUAACUCUAGAUGCACCGAAACAGAAAAUGAUACGUCUCGCUGACAUGCACGCAGAAGCGAAGAGUGUGUUUCCAAUAUGCUUCACCGGCGCCAAAGUUGUCAUCUUGAGAGAAGUCAUGAACAGGGUCAAAUUAGUACAACAGUAUAAUUACGGACGAACUAAAGAAACUUACAAGGCGUUUACACACCUGUUAUACAAAGAGAUGGAGUCGAAAACAGUUGAUGAAGGCUUAUUAGUAGACUCUGCAGGUUCAGCUACAGCAACGUACACUGAAGACCUGGAAGGUGGAUAUACAAUGCAUUUAACAUCCAAAAUUCGGGAUUUAAUCUGUUCAGAAUCGGAAAUUGUGUUUGAUAGAGAAAAUCAGAAGUCUGUCGCGUCGAUAGCAUGUUCUAUGAGAGAUGUCGACCCAAACACAUUACGGCUGGUGACGCAGUGGGUGUACAAAGUUAUGCCCGAGUUUUCUUUCGGUUCCGAAGUGAGUUUUAGACCAAUGAUGUAUCCUCCACUGCCAGAAGUGUCAGUGACUGCGAGAUACGAAAGGUCGUCUUUCACGCUAUCAUCGACGGUCAGCAAAGCUGGUUUCCAAGCUUGCCUGUACAAGCAGUUCUCUCCGGAUUUGCGAAUAUCGACAAUCGUUAAUGAGGACGUCCAAGAUGGUCGGACCACAAUCGGCUUGGGUCUGCAUAAAAAGUAUCAGAAUGGCUCGGAGUUGAAAGUGUUCGUUGACUCGCAAAAAUCUGGAGGGUUCACGUUUCAAAAAGAUGUUCUGUUUUAUGAGCCGCAUAAUGAAAUACGUGUGCUGCGCCUUAUUGGGAGUACUUUAAUAGAUAAACAGAGGAGGGUGAGAUUUGGGUUUGGAUUCGAACUAGAUUUCUGA